GAGAAUCGCGCAAGUUGGGGCUGGUGUGCGUGUCGAGGGGCGGUUGGUGCGGGCAUCGGACGCCACGCCCCGACCCUCCUCCCCCGGAGUAGGACCCCGAGAGAGCCCCGCCCGACCCCCGAGGCUUCGGCCAUGGCUUCUCUGCUCGCGAAGGAUGCGUACUUGCAGAGCCUGGCCAGGAAGAUCUGCUCCCAGCCCAGCCCCGAUUCGCAGAAGCGCAAGUCGGGUAAAGCUCAGCCAGGGGCCGGGACUUGGAGGGCUUCGGAAGGGGGCGCCCCUCCACCCCCAGCGGCGGGAGUCGGUGUCUACCCCACACCGCACCCGAGUAGCCUUCAGCUGGCAAAGCUCGAGUCUCAGAAGCUGGUGGGCCCCCAAAGAAGAAGAGGAAGAAAGCCCAGAAGAAAUCCCGGGAGCGGGAUGAGAAGGCUGCAGAGCCCAAGGUUCACGCCCCUGCAGAGAAGCCUCAGGCCAGAAAGCCUGCGGCAGCCCUGGAGGAAGAAGAGGCCCCCAGCUCCCCCGGGGCCCCUGCCGGGCGGCGCCGAGGAGCUGUCUCCCGCCGCUUUGGAGAAACGACGACGGAGGAAGCAGGAGCGGGACCGGAAGAAGAGGAAGCGCAAGGAGCUAAGAGCGAAGGAGAAGGCGGCCGCGGCCACGGCCCCGGCGGCGGCGGCGGCGGCGGCGGCGGAGGCCGCGGAGGCGCCCCGCGAGGAGGCGGCGGCGCAGGCGCCGCCGGGGCUGCUCUUCAGCAAGGUGGAGGUGUGCGGGGCGGAGCCCGCCGGCCAGGCGGGACGCCGCAAGGAGAAGAGGCGGAAGCUGAAGGGGAACCUGACGCCGCUGACGGGCAGGAACUACCGGCAGCUGCUGGAGCGCCUGCGGGCGCGGCGGGCCCGGCUGGAGGAGCUGCGGGAGCAGGACGCGGGCAGGGCGCGGGAGCUCGAGGCCAGGAUGCGGUGGACCAACCUGCUGUACAAGGCGGAGGGCGUGCGCAUCCGCGACGACGAGCAGCGGCUGCAGGACGCCCUGCGGCGCAAGGAGCGGCGGCGCGCGCGGCGCAGGCGCACGUGGGAGAAGCGGACGGCGCACGUGGUGGAGCAGAUGCAGCAGCGGCAGGACCGGCGGCGGCAGAACCUGCGCAGGAAGAAGGCGGCCAAGGCGGAGCGGCGCCUGGAGAAGGCCCGCAAGAAGGGCCGGAUCCUGCCCCAGGACCUGGAGCGGGCCGGCCUGGCGUGAGGGCCGUGGCCUGGCCGUCCGACCCCCACCCCGACCCGAGCAGGCGCGGGCCCCUGGCGGCAAGUGGACCCUGGCCGCGCGCCCCUCGCCCACUUGGCGGGAGGGUUCAGGCGGGCUGGCGAAAGAGACUUCGGGCCCGGGGAAGGG